GCCAUUUAAUUCCGUCGUGUUAAGUCGCUUCCAUUACUGCUUCUGAAGUCCAGAUCCAGUUUCGACCUGUGAGCUGCGAGUUGCGAGGGGUCCAAUACAGGCUUAAUUUCUAUAUUUCAUUUGACUUCUCAGUCUCAAAUUCUCGGACAUUUUAUCUACCAAUUAUUUUAUUUAUUUUUUUAUUAAAAUCAGCUAAAUCCAGCGCCAUCACUGAUCUUACUCUCCAGUCUCCGGUGCUAUUUGCAGUACAUCUUUUCACCGGAAAAUUGAAAUUAAAAGUUAAAAAACAAAAAUCAAAAGGUAGAAGAAGAUGGCGAACACGGCGUGCUUUAUGAUAGUCAGCAAGAACGACAUCCCAAUCUACGAAGCUGAAGUCGGCGCCGCUCCCAGGAAAGAGGAUGCGGCACAUCAGCACCAGUUUAUUUUACAUGCCGCGUUGGACAUUGUCCAAGACCUAGCCUGGACUACCAGUGCCAUGUUUCUGAAAGGAAUAGAUAGAUUCAAUGAUCUGGUGGUUUCAGUAUACGUGACUGCUGGUCAUACUCGACUGAUGCUGCUUCACGACUCUCGUAAUGAUGAUGGAAUCAAAAGCUUCUUCCAAGAGGUUCAUGAGCUAUAUAUUAAGACUCUCCUUAAUCCACUUUAUCUACCUGGAUCUCGCAUCACAUCAUCCCAUUUUGAUACAAAAGUUAGAGCCCUAGCGAGAAAGUACCUUUGAAGCUGUGUUCAUGGGUUGGAGGCAAAAUUUACCAGAGUUUCUUGCUCCAGAAGAGAAGGUUUUGGUUUUAAAGUUUCUUUGUGCAUCUGAGAAUCUAAAGCCAAUUUUUUCUUUUGUAGCUAAAAUGAUUGAUAUCUUAGAUGUCUAUUGUAGCCAAUGACAACAUUGAAAUAUCUAAACUUUUGCUUACGUUAGUUCAUGUUUGUUUUAGUAAACCUAUGUAUCAGCAGCCUAAAGCUUUCUGUUUGUUCAAACUAUCAGCAACUCAAAGCACUUUCCGAUAAUAAGACACUGGAGCAAUGCUUGGUUUUCUUUUUUAUGUCUUCCUCAAGCCCGUGUCCACGCAAGCUGCAGGGGAUAAAAAGGGGACAAGGUGUCUGCAGAUUUUUGAUGUAUCGCCCUUGCGGACUUGGUUGUAGGAAUGCAUAACUUGUAUAAUUUCCAUACAUGGUGGAAAAAGUAUGGUAACUUAAUUUAGCUUAAAUGAUUGACUGGUGGAUUAAUCCACGAAAAUAUUGAUCUUA